CUCUCUCUCUCUCUCUCUCUCUCUUUCGUUUUUCACUUUCCCUUCCUUUGCUGGGCCCAUCAGCCUGCAAACCCUAGCAAACUCUUCAGGGUCAUUAUUAAAUCUUCCUCUACCAGCUUCUCUCAUUUCCAUCUCCACCUCUCCUUCUCUUCUCUUCUCUCUUCCUCUUUAGCUUUUUUUUUUUUCUGUUACUUAUCAUGGCUGGGUCUCUUGAAGAUGUAGAAUCUUGGCUUCCUACUGAGUUUCUUACUGAGGAAGAGUUGCUCAUGGAGAAAGAGAACUUUAUCAACAACGGGUUGAGCUCUGAGUUCAACCCUGCCGGAUUUAGUUUUCCUACUGAGUUCCCUUAUGAGUUUGAGCUUAAGGGCUCCUCUGCUUCUCUUAGCUCGCCGGAUGAGUCUGUUGUUGGCUCUUCUGAAAUUGAGAACUGUGACGAGGACGAUUUUCUAGCUGGGCUGACUCGUCGACUAACUCAACAAUUCACUGUCAAACCCGAUAAGAACUGGGUCGUGGCCGGGUCGCCCGAGUCGACACUGAGUGGAAUCGGCAGCUGGUCGGUUUCGAGUAACGGGAGCCCAAACGGUGUAUUGUCGCCCCCGACGACGCCUUUCAGGGCCAAAAAUGAUACAUGGGAUCUGAUAUACGCAGCUGCUGGCCAAGUUGCUAGGCUAAAGAUGAGCAAUGAAGGAAACAAGUACAACGACCGUCAAGGGAGGGGACUGCUGGGUACUGUGAGGAGCCAACAUGCAGACACUAUCCUGAAAAAUCAGAAUCCAGGGCUUUACUCGAGCCAGAGCUUUAACCACUCUGUUUCACAAAUGAAUCAGUACCAUUCUCAAGUGAGACAGGAACCGCUGCUAAAGUCGCAGUGCCCUUCAGUUUGUGAAAGACAGCAAAUGAAGGCUGGAUGGCAAGCCCAGCCACAGCCCCAGCAGCACCACCACCCUCGGCCGCAGAUCCAGUCCCACUUCCAGCACCAGCAACAACAGAUACAGAUCCAGAGCAGAGGCAGGAGUGUGGUUGGCUAUGAAAAUGGGAGAUGUGUGCGUCCUCUGGGUAUUCCACAGUCUGCUUGGCCGCCUCUUCAAGUGCAAUCAAAUAAACAGCAGCACCUACACCAACACCAACACCAACACCAACAGCCACAGCAGCACUCUAGUACAGGGAUGCGAGCUGUUUUUCUUGGUGGAUCUGGUGUUAAAAGAGAAUGUGCUGGGACUGGUGUUUUCUUGCCUCGCAGAUAUGGCAAUCCCCCUGAUUCCAAGAAGAAAUCAGCUUGCUCAACAGUACUGCUUCCUGCAAAAGUGGUUCAGGCACUAAAUUUGAAUUUUGAGGACAUGAACAUGAACAACCAAGCCCAAGUCCAGCCACGCAUUAAUUGUACUUUUGCCUCUGAUUAUGAUGCUUUAAUGGCAAGAAGGAAUGUCCUUUUGGCACAGCAGAAGAGAAAUUUGAGAGCUGAGGGUGUCCUUAACCAUGAAGUACGCUUGCCUCAAGAGUGGACAUACUGACCCAAGAAUUAGUCCCUUUUAUGAUAUUAGUGUUGUUUUUGCUGGACAAAAGAAAGCAAGUAUAGAGGUAGAAGUAUGAAAUAGGGUUUUGAUGGCAUAAUUUGGUUUUUUAGUUUGGAAAAGAAAUUCAAGAAGGAAGUGAAAUAAGAACUAAGAAAGCCAGUUUUUUUUUUCUUUUUGGGGUUUUUGAGGGAAGUUUGCAAUCAGCUUUUUAGAUUAUGCAGCAAAAGGAAUGACGAAGAAGCAGAAGCAGAAGCAGAUAGUAGUAGUAGAAGAGGUAUUUUUGUUGUAAUAAAAGGAUUAUGUCUUGAAAGGUUCUUUUUGUAAGGGGCAUGGGUAAGCCUUCUUGUUUUGAUUUUAAGGCAUAAACUGUGUUUAUGUUAUUUAUUUAGGGGAAAGAUUAUGGUUGGAAAUGGGGAGGGUUGUGCUUGUCCAUGUUCAUCCACAACCCUCAAAUGCUGUAAUGUCUCCCUUGGCAGCUAAAAAAUUUCUAAUAAGAGAAGCUUUUUAUUUAA